CCCACCACAGACCAUCCUUCUUCAUAUCCUGCUGUGUCUCCUAAUUUUCUACGCAGUCUAUUACAUGAUGGGGAGCGUUUGCUGCGGAGCGUUCAGACUGAACACCUUUGAUGCAUUUAUCCCGUUUGAAUUUAAAACUGAGCCAUCGUACUCAAAUCCGAGCUAUCUGGCAAGUGUGCUGUCCAUGGAGAUAACCUUUUUCACCAGUGGCCUCCUCUUUGCUGGGCUGCUGAAACGAUGGGUCUGGGACUAUGCCAUCACUGUCACCUUGGGUCAUGUGCUCCUGACCUCUGCAGUGAUGGAAGAAUUCCCUCUGAUUUGGCAAUGGUGGCUGGCCCUUGCCAGUGGCCUCUUCCUCAUGAUAUGCAACGGAGAACUUGUGACCUACUUUAUCUGCUCCAAUUCCGAUGACCCUAGCAAGGAAAGUUUCCCCUAAGCUUGUGCUGAACCCUGGGUCAGGCUGAAAGCCUCUGUGCUUCAUCUUAUCUGCAGCCCUGCUGCAUUUACAGAAGGAGGCUGUUCCUUCAUUAACUUCAGGCAAAGCACACUUUCAAACCUUUCACAGGAUGGACAGUCAUACAAAAAUCAAGGUACUCUUCCCUUAAGCUCCAGCCUUUGCAUCUUCACUACAAUGUGGUGCAGGACCUAGGAAGUGGCUUUAGACCAAGACAAAGUAUUGUCUCACAGAACUUGUCUCUCCAAAGUUACAGGCAGGAGUUUCUCUCAGCCCUACCUGGAGAUGCCAGAGGGGGAAUCAGUCCAGGAUAUUCUGCAUGCAAGCAUGCAGAUCUUCUUCCACUAAGCUGUGGCCUCAUCCCCUAAGGGGAAUAUUUUACAGUGCUUGCAUGUAUUUAUUAAUUAUCAUUAUUAUUUCUUGUUUACACAGUCAGACAGGUGUUAUUGACUGGUUUGUUUUAUCCAAACAUUGAGUCCUUCCCAAGGACCUGGGAU